UUUUCAGGAUGGCGGCGAACGUCUCUUAUGCAGCACGAUCAGCGCCCCAGCGCCAUCGUGUCUGGUUCACGUUAGGGUCGCCCAUCCCUUCCAGGAUGGCGACGAACGUCUCUUAUGCAGCACGAUCAGCGCCCCAGCGCCAUCGUGUCUGGCUCACGUUAGGGUCGCCCAUCCUUUUCAGGAUGGCGGCAAACGUCUCUUAUGCAGCACGAUCAGCGCCCCAGCGCCAUCGUGUCUGGCUCACGUUAGGGUCGCCCAUCCUUUUCAGGAUGGCGGCGAACGUCUCUUAUGCAGCACGAUCAGCGCCCCAGCGCCAUCGUGUCUGGUUCACGUUAGGGUCGCCCAUCCCUUCCAGGAUGGCGACGAACGUCUCUUAUGCAGCACGAUCAGCGCCCCAGCGCCAUCGUGUCUGGCUCACAUUAGGGUCGCCCAUCCCUUUCAGGAUGGCGACGAACGUCUCUUAUGCAGCACGUCUGCCCCUCGGUGCUGACAUGCCCGGUUUAUCGAUGAGAGCCACCGCUUUCUAUCACAUCUCACAUUCCUUCUCUCAUACAUUGCACUCAUACAUUACAUGCAUUCAUGCAUCAUACCUCAUACAUUCAUACAUUCAUACAUACACACGUGCAUCAUGUUUUGACAGUACCGCGACGUCGGUUUAUAGAUGCAUGGACCUCUAAGCUUCUCCGUUGGAAAGCUCGAGUCAGAGUCCUUUACUCUCGCCUGAUGCAUUCAGGGGGAGCGUGCCCGUGGAGGAGCACCCUUCGCCCGACCCCGUCGGGAACGGGGGUGCCUCACCGGCAGAUUACGUUCAGGAGUGUGGACAUCCACUCAUAUAUUAUGAUUAUUCGAAGACACAGGUUCCAGCUAGACCGAGGUAAAGCGCAGGCAAGAGUAUAUUUUCUCGAGCAGAUUCGCACGCUCACUACUCAAGAAAUUGGGGGACUUGUGUUGGGAUAUAUUAUCCCGGCCUAUUACUGUUCAGGAGCCCAAGACAGUAUCUAGUACGGAGCCCGAGCAGCUAGGUCCAUUUCGGCCUAUUCUGGCCCACUUUAGCCAUUAGGCCCGGCAUCGGCCCAUUUGGCCCAUUAGGGUGGAGAGCACCCUUUCCCCUAUAAAUAUGAGGCUUCCCUCCAUGUUUUGGGGAUCCGCUCUUUAGCUUCUUCUUCCUUAUUUAUCUCUAGCUAACUCAAUACUCCAUAAAUGGAGAUCAAAUUGUACUAUGUAAUGGUGAGGAGGGAUUAAUGAGAAGGAGAGGGCUUGGACAUUAGCCUAAAAAGUCCCGUGGUUUUCUCCCUUUCGGGUUUCCACGUAAAAACUGAGUUGUUCAUACACAUUUAUACAUAUAUUUACUAUAUCGUGUUGGAUUAAACUCAACAAAUCUGUAUGAGGCUAGUUUCUGGGUACAAGUUCAUAAUGCUCCUAUAAAAUAUAGGAAUUUGAGAUCUGGUAGGAGAAUUGGUAACUUUUUGGGUUCAUUUAUAAAAUUUGAGAUGAGCCAAUUUGAUGGAAGACAGGCUUCUUAUUUGCGAAUUAGGGUUUCUUUGGAUGUUCGUCUACCUUUGAAAAAAGGUACCAAUUUGACACAGGAUGGAGUUAAACACUGGGUAGAUUUUAAGUAUGAGAAACUACCCAGCUUUUGUUUCAUCUGUGGCAUUAUUGGCCAUUCUGAUAAAUUCUGCCCGUUGAAGUAUGAGGAGGGAUUUGUCGUUGAGAAGACAUAUGGAGUGGAGCUUCGAGCUGGAGGAAGGGUGAAGACCAGCCCUACAGGAUCUUACAAAUGGACAUCUGCAGGAGCUUCUAGUUCAGAAGGGUAUGGGGACCAGUGGAAAUCUGAAUCUGGAGGAGAGUACUCGGCGGAGUCCAAGGGCAUGAAACUGGCAUUGUUUGAGAGCAUUGAAGAGGAAGAGAUGCCUGGGGAGCUUAAACGCAGGAGGACCGGGGAUGUUCAACCCGGGAAAGGUGCCACUGGUGAAGAUAUGGUCAUGGAUAGGGCAAAAAACGGAGAGGAGGCGGGUCUGGUUCCCUAGACCCGUCGUGGCUGCAGUGGAGGGCGGUGGGAAAGAAAACUAGCUUUGGCAUCUUUAUUUUCUUCUAUUUUGAUUUAUUUUACCCGAAUUGCUCUGUUAUGUUUUUCUGUUAUGCGUUUAUUCCUUGUAAGACUUUCGCAUUAAGGUUGGGGGAGGAAGAGACUGCGGUAACCGUCAUUAGCUCUUUGAUGCCCAAAAUUGAUCUAGCGAGUUAUGCUGCUUUUGCACAGGUGGUUAGCUCUCAGUCUCGGCCACGGGCGGGUGGUUAUUUGUGGUUCUUUUCUAGUUUUAUCCUCUUGUUGAAUGCCAUUUUUAUGAAUUAAGCCUUCUUCGAGCAAAAAAAAAUCAUUUAUCUUAUAUUGAAGUAAAGCUCCAUGAUUAAAGUUGGCAAAAAAAAAAAAUCUCCGUAUGAAGUAAGGACUAGAGGGUACACCGUAUUAGUUAGUCACACUCAUAUUUCGUAAUCACAUGCUAAUUUUUUUUUAGAAAUUCGUAAGCGUACUAUUUCUUUUUGGAAUUGAUUGUGUUUCUUAUUCUUUUUUAAAAGCAGAAUCGGUUUUUUAGAAGUUGGUUUCCCUCACCUUAUAAAAAUUGCUUCUAGGAGUAAUUUGGAGCAUCCAUAAGUACUUCUACAUUUUUACUCAAACACUACAAUAUAUGUUUCUGCUCUCUGAAGGGGCAAAAGCAGUUUCAAGAAACAGAUCCGGGAAGUUUUUUCAACUUUUAGUCCUCCGACUAUUAUGUCCGUGACAUUUUUGGUACUCGACUUUGACCUUUCCACUUUUAGUCCUUCGACUAUUGUGCGAAAGAUAUUUUUGGCAAUCCUCUUUGAAAAUUUUCAUAUUUAAUCAUUCGACUUUCAUAAAAUUGACAUUUUUUGUCCUUCAAGCAACUAUUAUUACAAUAGUAGUGACAUUUUUAGUUCUACCCUUAUUAUGUCAUAAAAAUCACAAUGGAAGGAUUAAAAGUGUCACUUUGAUGAUACUCAGAAUACUAAAUGAUCGGAGGACUGAUACAAUACUUGCAGGGGUGAAACAGGCA